UUUAAGUUAGUCGAAGUGAAUCCAAAACACAAAGAACCCCAAAAAAAAAAAAAAAAAUCUCUACUCCACAAUGGCAUUCAAAUCCAUCAAAAUAUUAGCAAUAUUAUUCUUCUUAUUGCUAGCAUCUACGAUAUCCCAAGCCACUGUCUUUGAUGUCAAAACCUAUGGCGCAAAGCCCAAUGGUGAUAUCACUCAGGCUUUGGCGAAGGCUUGGAAAGAUGCAUGUGCUGCACAAUCUCCAAGCAAACUGGUUAUUCCAAGUGGGACAUAUAAUUUAAUUGAAGCAAAACUACAAGGUCCAUGCAAGGCACCCAUCGAGGUUCAGAUUCAAGGCACAUUGCGAGCACCAGCGGUUGUAACGAAGGCUUCCGAUAGUUGGGUUACUAUUGAACGUCUUGACAGGUUUACCUUGAAUGGUGGAAUUUUCGAUGGACAAGGCAAAAACUCUUAUGGAAAACAUUGUGCUGUGCAAGAAUACUGUGGAAAACUCCCAAUGAAUAUCAGAUACAACUUCGUCACCAACUCGAUUAUCCGGGGGAUAACUUCUCUAGACAGCAAACAGUUCCACAUGAACGUUUUGGGCUGCACCAAUGUGACAUUUGAUCAUGUCACAAUUACUGCACCUGAAAAUAGUCUUAACACCGAUGGAAUCCAUAUCGGUCGUUCAACCGGAAUCAACAUCACCAAUACAAACAUCAAGACCGGAGACGACUGUAUCUCUCUCGGCGAUGGUUCCAAACAAAUAACCGUCGUUAAAACAACAUGCGGACCAGGCCAUGGAAUCAGUGUUGGAAGUCUUGGAAAAUAUCCAAACGAAGAACCGGUGGAGGGAGUUUUUAUUAGGAACUGUACGCUUACCAACACCCAAAACGGAGUUAGAAUCAAAACGUGGCCGGAUUCUCAUUUUGGAACAGCUUCCGAUAUGCAUUUCAAGGACAUAAUCAUGAACAACGUUGGAAACCCAAUUCUUAUAGAUCAAGAAUAUUGUCCAUGGAAUAGAUGCAAGCUAUCGGUUCCAUCAAAAGUGAAGCUGAGCAAAGUGAGCUUUAAGAAUAUAAGAGGGACUUCUUCUACUCCUGUGGCUGUGAAACUUGUUUGUAGUGGUGGUCCCGGUGGAGUUCCAUGCCAGAAUAUUGAAAUUGGUGAUGUUAACCUGGCUUAUACUGGACCUUUAGGACCUGUUACAUCUGUCUGUAAGCAUAUUAAGCCCAUCUUGUCUGGUAAACAGUUCCCAUCUGCUUGUGCUAUCUCUUCUUAAUUGCAGAUGGUGAUGUUUGAUUAUGGUAGAAAAGAUGAAAAGCUAGCUAAUAAUGUCCUUUUUCCACCAUGCAUUAUUUCUAUAAGAAAUGCAGGAACAUGAUUUUGUCUGUGCUUUCUUUUCAUGUCUCUAUUCUCGUUCAUCGUUGAUAAAAUCAAGUUUUCCUUUUUCUUUUGACUUCAUUCCUUGUGAGUUUGAACUGGUACACUCCAUUCUUCCCAAUUGCUUGGCCAUUUGGAAAUCUCAAGCUCUUCCUUUUUCUUUUGCUCUCUUCCAUUGCACUCUAUUUUAGUGGCGGAUCUAGAAAUUUAGUUUUGGGGACACCAUUGUACAAUGAAAUAUAUUUUUGAAUAUAAUGACAAUAUAAAUUGUUAUAUUAGCUUGUAUGAAAAAUUUUCAUCGAUAUGAAUUUUAUAUAUUAAAUUAUGAUUUAUUUGCUAUAA